UAGGAACGGAAUAGGGGGGAUUCAUGCCUCUCACCGGAAGCGGAAGUGAUGGAGGAGCUUGUUGUUGUUGUCGCCGCUAGCAUUGGUGGCGUUAGGAAACCAGCCAGCCAUGCCUCGCUACUGCGCAGCCACCUGUUGCCGGAACCGGGCCGGGCAGAGCGCCCGCGACCAGCGCAGGCUCAGCUUCUACCCAUUUCCUCUUCACGAUAAAGAAAGGUUAGAGAAAUGGUUACGGAAUAUGAAACGUGAUUCUUGGACUCCCAGUAAGCAUCAGGUACUCUGCAGCGACCAUUUCACACCAGAUUCCCUUGAUGUGCGGUGGGGGAUUCGUUAUUUGAAAACAACUGCUGUGCCAACUAUCUUUUCAUCGUCUGAUAAUCAGGAAAAGGGACUUUUCAAGAAGAAAAUGGAAGAUAUACAAGAUGCCAACACAAGUCUAACAAAUGUAUCUUGUAAGCUUUGCUCACCAAAGAGAAAUACUAUAACAGAAGAAAGCCUGUAUAAAAAGUCACCUUGUAUAAUCUCAGCCAUGUCAUCAGGUCAAGAAAGACUACUUCAAAAUACAAUCAAAGUUGAAAGUGAUGUUACAGAUCCAUAUAAUUCUGUUAGGCAGAAGGUGAAACAAGAAGACUCUGUGCUGAUUGCAGCUGAUUUUCACGAUUCCAGGUCCCCAGAAAACAGUAACUGUGUAGAGAAACUUGUCAAUGGUGCCACCACAAUUUUGCAAUCUUCAGUUCAUGCUCUUCACUCAUGUCUGGAACCUGAUUCGGAUUCUAAAGCCACUGUUUUGCAAGCUACACAUCUUGAACACUUGGAUGCCUUUCUGGAAUUUAAUAACAUGGCUGUACCAGUCAAUGAGCUUUCAUCUGAUCAACUGGACUGUCACCUUGCAGGCUGUUCGGUGGAGGUGCAAGAAAUGAAUGAGAACUCAUUGUUGCUCCACACUGUGUCAAAAGCUUUAGAACAGUUUGGUGGAAGUAAAGAGUCUGUCAUCACCAUUAUAGUUCCUUCUGAAGCUUCAAGUGCUCCCUUGUUGUUAGAGGGAUCAUUAAUACCAGCAGAACACGAAUUUGUCAAUAUACAGGCUGAACAAUCUGCGUGCAUCACCAGUUGCAGCAGCACUGAUGUGUUACAAACAGAGCAUUCAUACUGUAGGCAAGACACAGACCAGGAACAACUCUGGCAAAAAAUUGCAAAGCUGCACUCCAAAAUAGCACUUCUGGAAGUACAGGAGAGGAAAACACUGAAUAGACUCAAAUCUCUAGAAGUACUGAUUGGAAAACUGAAGCAGGAGAAUCUUCUUUCAGAAGAGAAGCUCAAAAUUGUAGAAAACUGUUUCACAACAUUUGAAGUUACUAUGAUACAAUAAAAGCUUUAAAGUA